GCAGCAUCUCCGAGGUGCAUCGCUGGCCUUGACCAGACGCUAUGGAAGACAGAGCACUGAUCAGCCGGUCAUCAGCCUUUAGGUUUCGUUAUAAAAGCCUCCACUUGUAGUUUCAUUGCCAAACACUUGUAGACACUGGCAAGAUGCUGCACAAAUUAUCGAUACUGGGUGCCCUUGUGGCAAUUUUCCUCCUCUCCUGCUCAGCAGUCCCAAUCGACGACAAGCAGCAGGAAAUUCAGCCGCAACCCCAAGCGGUUCCUGCUGAAAAACGUCUAGACACACCUGAAGCCCAGCCCACUGACAAAAACGAGUCGGACUUGGGGCCCCCAGCUGAAGAAAAGUCCGACUUGGACACGGCGAAUACGUUCUGGGGGUGGGGUGGUGGCUACUACAGACGUCCGUAUUACGGAGGUUACGGAGGCUACGGGGGAGGAUGGAGACGCGGGUACGGAUGGGGCGGCUAUGGGCGGGGGUUCGGCGGCUGGGGCGGAUACGGCGGCGGCUGGGGGUGGGGUGGAAGCAGGUACUAUUGGGGUUAGUUAGGUAAAUUGUGCAAUUUCAUUAAUUUAAGAAUCAUGUACUGACUUUUUGUAAUAAAUCAAAAAAAUAAAUAAAUGUUAUCAUUCAAUUAAA